GUCCGGACUGUGCUACAGACAAAUGAGCCCCCACACCCCCUACGGCUUAUAGUUCCUACUAGGAAACGUUGACUUGUUUCUGGGGGUGAAUUGGCGCCAUCUUCCGGGAAAUAUAAGCUUCAGGCACGAUUUAUUUUUAGUUUAGCAACUUAUUCCUAAUCACAAACUAACGAGUGCUCUUAUGUUUUCAGGAGAUUAGCCGUUAGUCCGUGUAAAUGGCGAAAAGGUUCCUUUAUUCUCCAAGCCGAAGUUUUAAGUUUCGGGAAGCUUCUUUCGACCUGCUCACAGAUUUCCUCAUUAAUCUCAACAAAAGAAACAAAGAUAACCUCAACGAUUUAUCAAAAUGUAGCGGAAGCUUUAAAGAUAAAAGACUAGUGGAAUACAUCUUCCUGAUCACUAGAGAACUAAGACUUGAUCCACUAGCUGGAUACCAUGCCAUUGAAUUACUUCAAAGGUUCAUGGUCAAGCACCUCACAGAUUUGUUGACCACACCCCCGCGCCAAGGUGCCGCUUCUGAGUCACCGAGAAGUCACGAGGAUGCUGUGUUUGCCAAGCUCCAGGAGAAAUUCCCCCUCAUCAUCUUCUCCUGCGUGCAGCUUGCAAGCAAACUGUCUCUGCACAGUCAUAUAAUCGACAACAAUACUGCCGUACGCUUUCUGCAUUCAGUCGGCUAUAGUGUUUCCAAGCAGACUGUCCUGGAAUCAGAGCUGAUGAUCUUAAAAGGGCUUGAGUUCAGGCUAAAUGCCCCUAACCCACUGACAUAUGUGGAAAUCCUUCUGGAGGUUCUUGGACACAAUGAGCCAUCCAUCCCCGUGGAGCGCCUGUAUCACCUGUGCCACCACGUUCUCCAGUUCGUCAGCCUACAGAGGACCGCCAUCUUCAACUCCUUGUUAGUGAUGACCACUCAGUGUGUCAGCCCGUCCACAGAACAGCGAGAGAAGUUUGUGACAGUGACUGAAGACUACAUGCUUCUUGGUGUCAGUGUCAUUGCUGUGGCUUCGUUCAUCUACUAUGUCAGAAAAUGGCAGCAGGUCGUGGGAGAACUGAGUCACAUCACAGGAAUCUCGAGGAGGAGCAUCAGCGAUUUCGCUCAUGUGACACUGAUGCACAUUGUUAGUAACAGUUCCUCUGUAACAUCAACUUGAGUCUUGAUAACACUCAUUCACUGAAUUCUGCUUUACGCUCUUACUUUUUAUGGUUAAGGUUGUUUUCUAGCUGUAGAUAUUGGUGCAGGACACGAACUGUGCGCCUAAGUGAGUUGAUUCGAUUAAAACAAAGCAACAUGUGGGUACUGAAAUACCUCAUGUGAUGAAAUAGUGCCUAAAGAAUAAAGCACUAUAGAGUCGUUACAUUCUUAAAAUAUUAUUAAAAUGUUUGUUAGCGACAGACAUGUGUCUAGAUUAUUUAAUUCUACAUUCUGUAAAACAAAAUACUGAUGUUGCAGUUGUGAAAAUACAUUUUGAAAAGUUAACCCGUCAGUAUAGGUUAAUGUCUAAAUCUCUUAUAACCUUAUGAACACUUGAUACUUGUGCAAAAUGUAAUAAACAUUGUAUGAAACAGUAA